AUGUUGCUGUCCUGUCCAAGAGGGGUCUCAUCUGGCUUGUGGGCGGGCCGCGCAGGCGUAGAGAGCCCCAGCCGCGCCGGCUCAGGUGGACUCAGGUGAGGGGGGCGGAGUACACCUGUGGAGCCGGGCGGCCAGCGCGAGCCCCCGUGAGCGCAGUUAGCCGCCAGGUGGGGCUCAGGGCUGACUGAUAGGCUCCCGAAGGGGCGCGGGCCCGCUCGGCCUCUGUUCUCAAGAGAGGGGGAUGCGGUGACGCCCCUGAGCGACCAUGGCAGCGGCCGACGAGCUGACCUUCCACGAAUUCGAAGAAGCCACUAAUCUUCUGGCUGAGACCCCAGAUGCAGCCACCACGAGCAGAAGUGAUCAGCUGACCCCAAAGGGGCACGUGGCUGUGGCUGUGGGCUCAGGUGGCGGCUUUGGAGCCGAGGACGAGGUGGAGGAGGACAGUGACAAGGCAGCGCUCCUACAGGAGCAGCAGAAGCCACAGCCUGGAUUCUGGACCUUUGGCUACUAUCAAAGCUUCUUUGACGUGGACACCUCACAGGUCUUGGACCGGAUCAAAGGCUCGCUGCUGCCCCGGCCUGGCCACAACUUUGUCCGGCACCAUCUGCGGAAUCGGCCGGAUCUGUAUGGCCCCUUCUGGAUCUGCGCCACGCUGGCCUUCGUCCUGGCUGUCACCGGCAACCUGACACUGGUGCUGGCCCAGAGGAGGGACCCCUCCAUCCACUAUAGCCCCCAGUUCCACAAAGUGACCGUGGCUGGCAUCACCAUCUACUGCUACGCCUGGCUGGUACCGCUGGCGCUGUGGGGCUUCCUGUGGUGGCGCAAGGGCGUCCGGGAGCGCAUGGGGCCCUACACCUUCCUGGAGACUGUGAGCAUCUACGGCUACUCCCUCUUCGUCUUCAUUCCCAUGGUGGUCCUGUGGCUCAUUCCCGUGCCAUGGCUGCAGUGGCUUUUUGGGGCGCUGGCCCUGGCCCUGUCAACCGCUGGGCUGGUGUUCACCCUCUGGCCCGUCGUCCGCGAGGACACCAGGCUGGUGGCUGCGGCGCUGCUGUCCACCGUUGUGCUGCUCCACGCUCUCCUGGCCCUGGGCUGUAAGUUGUACUUCUUCCAGUCGCUGCCUCCGGAGCACCCGGCACCUGUGCCCCACGUUUCAGCUCUGCCCUCAAGCGCACCACUGCCACCCACCCUGCCGCAGUCCAGGGCCACCUCCUAAGAAGGCCCGGUCCUGCAGACAAAACCUCAGGGGACAUGUCUGUCAGCCACACCCCAACGAUGACUGAAGGCUCCCUUGACACCUCGAGACCACUCUGCUACUCUCCAGACUUUUCUUACAAAGCAAACACGUUUAUUUUCUAUGCAAA